GCAAGCGAAGAUGAAUCUGAAAUUGUUGAUGAUUUUAUUAAUUGCGUUCUGCGGCUCCUCCACCUCAGUAUGCGUGAAGAGAAGUCCGUUACAAAACGAAUUCAAGAAUAAACUCUAUUAUUUCGAAAGUGACUACAAAGCGUCGUGGUUCAACGCCUUUGUGGCUUGCAGAAAUAUGGGAAUGGAAUUGUUGAGCAUUGACUCUGACGAGGAGUUCGAUAAAAUUCAUGAGUUCGUUAAGGAGAAAAUGAAUUACAGGAACGGUCUGACGAUCUGGACGUCGGGAGUGAUGAAGCAAAAAGGUCAAUUCAUUUGGAUCAAUACCGGAAAUCCGGUUACCUUAUCGAAAUGGUGGUCGGGCACACCGAACAAUUACGGUGGACACGAGUUCUGCAUGCACGUUUGGUUAAAACAUAAACAAUUCCUGCUGAACGAUGCUGAAUGCCAGAUGGAAUCGUACUACAUUUGCGAAUCGAGGAAAAUUUAAAAUGUUUACCAACAAAUUUCCCAGCUCGAACGUACAAAAUAUGUUUCAUUUUACGUUUUGUUAGUUGUUGUUGUUUUUUUUUGUAAUUAUGUAA